UCGUUUUUGUUGGAUUUAAACAGGAAGUGUCUAUGGUUAGUCUUGUAGCUCAAAAUUACGUUUACGGUUCCGUCGAGGAUUUGCAUAGUUAAUUGCAUUUGUUAUACCAAGGUCUCUAGACAAAAGUCAACCAUUGUUACUUACAAUUACAAUCGGAUACAUGUAGCCAGCCAGUCAGCCAGAGAUUAGUGCGACACAAGCGCAGAACCUACUAAAGGGGUCGAUUGACUGCGUGAUUAUGAUGAGUGCAACAGCCAUUUGUACUUACUAGCGCAGUAUCUUACGAGUGAUAAAAUACCUAGCAUCUGGUUGUAACAUAUUCACGUUGAGUGAAGAUGACAUUACAAGUGGGUUGCCUAUCAUUCAGGCAGCCGUACGCGGGGUUCGUACUUAAUGGUGUAAAAAGUAUUGAGACACGUUGGCGCCCCUUGUUGUCCGCAAUGGAAAACUGCACUCUAGCUAUUCAUAUUGCGCAGAAGGACUGGGAGGGCGACCAGUGGAGAGACAUGCUCACCAAUACAUUUGGAAUGAGCCAUAUGCAAAUAGAGGAGCUUCUGGCGUCAGGUGACAGAUUCGGCCGUGGAGUCGUGGCAGGCUUGGUGGAGGUGGGGGAGACUUGGUGCUGCUCUGACAAUGUGCCAGAGGAGGAUCUGAGGGAGAUGGAGAAGGCAGCAGUGCUCACUGGGCUCACAGAGAAACACCUCACACAGCUGUCAAACCCACGCUGGCUCAAGGAACCACUUUAUGCCAGAGGUCACAAAGACAUUUGGACAGUGGACAUCCCAGUACAAUUACUGCCAUCUGCGUAGACUAGUUGUAAAAUAAUGUAUACUAACACGUUUCUAGAGAUGACACACAAGCUUUAAGGUGGAAUAAAUUACCAAUGGACUGCAUUGUGAA